GUUGGCCGAAUAAGCGAACACCCAAAGCUACAAAUCUUCAUCCAGAAAAAAAAAAAAAAAAAUGAAAUGUAAACAUCGGAGUGUUAUCUCGUUCUCUUUCACCGAUGUCAGUGAAAAAUGUGAUUUAAAACUUGAAAAGACUGACAUCUUUGUUGUAAUCUUGGAAAAAUGGUUAAAAAAAGGAACAAUCAGUUACCCGAUAAUCUACCCCAGUUGCAAAAUCUUAUCAAAAGAGAUCCAGCUUCUUAUAAAGAUGAGUUUUUACAACAACAACGUCACUUUCAAUCACUGCUGGAGGUGUUUGCUCUACAUCCAUCAGAAUACAGUAAAGGAUUAGACGAAUUGAUAAUGUUCAUGGCUCAGGUCGCUCAUUGUUACCCGGAUAUGUUAACAUCGUUCGCCGAACAAUUAAUCAACAUAUUAGAAACUCAUAAUACAAUUUUGGAUGUCGAAAUGAGAAUGACGUUUUGUAGAGCUUUGAUUCUAUUGCGAAAUAAAGGAUUAUUGAAGCCAAUGGAUUUACUCGCGCUUUUUUUCAAACUCUUGCGUUGUAAGGAUAAACAGCUUCGUAAAUUUUUGCAAGAACAUAUCAUCACAGAUAUUAAGAAUAUGAACGUCAAACAUAAAGAUGCUAAAUUGAAUACGAACCUUCAAAAUUUUAUGUACACUAUGCUGAAAGAUAAUAAUGCCAAAGCUGCAAAAAUGUCAGUGAAUAUCAUGAUUGAUUUAUACAGAAAAAAUAUAUGGAACGAUGCGAAAACAGUUAAUCUUAUUUCAAUGGCAUGUUUUUCGAAAAUAGUCAAGGUUAUGGUAGCAGCUCUGAAAUUUUUUGUAACUGUGCAAUCGAGUAACGACUCAGACGAAGAAGGGUCGUCGUCGGAUGAUGACACACCAAAUGCUAGAGACGUAAUGCUAGCAAAUAAAUUCAAUAAAAAAACACGUAAAAGGGAAAAAACACUGAAAAAAGUCAAGAAGCUAGUAGAACAUACUAAAAAGAAGAAGAAAAAUUACACUAAUAAUUUUCACGCCAUUCAUCUGAUUCACGAUCCUCAAGAAUUUGCUGAAAAAUUAUUCAAUCAACUGGAAAAAAGACACGAUCGCAUAGAAGUGAAAAUGCUGACUUUAGAUCUCGUUUCGAGAUUGAUCGGUAUCCAUCAGCUGUUCGUUUUCAAUUUCUAUCCUUACGUGCAACGAUAUUUACAACCUCGACGAUUUGAAGUAACAAAACUGCUUCAGUUUGUCGCCCAAGCCACUCACGAAUUAAUUCCACCGGAUGUGAUGGAACCAGUUUUGAAAACCAUCGCCAAUAAUUUCGUCACCGAAAGAAAUUCUUCGGAUGUUAUGGCUGUUGGAUUAAACGCUGUUCGAGAAAUGUGCGUAAGAGCUCCUCUCAUUAUGACGGAAGAUUUACUCAGAGAUCUCGCAGAAUAUAAACGUUACCGUGAAAGAAGCGUAAUGAUGGCAGCUCAAGCGCUGAUACAUGUCUAUCGUAAUUCCAUGCCAACUAUGUUGCACAAAAAAGACAGGGGUCGACCAACUGAAGCUACAAUCGAGAUCAAAGCCAGGCAAUAUGGCGAAAUUGACGCCAAAGAAUUCGUUCCUGGAGCCGAAGUUAUUCUAGAAGAAGACAAACCGGUCGAUGCAUCUCAAGAUAACGACGACGACGACUCCGACUCCGAUGAAUGGGUCGACGUGCAACAUUCUUCCGAUGAAGAAUGCGAUGAUGACGAAGCACAACAAUCAGAAGACAAUGAAGAUAGUGAUGAAGAAUGUAGCGACGCAGAAGAUGAAGAGGAGGAAGACGAAGAAGACGAAGAAGGGUCUAACGAAGACGAAAGUCAACCUACUGCAUCUAAAUCUGAACCUGUAAACAAGGAUCAGAACAAAAAAGAAACCACUUCGAGUACAGCCCCUUCAAAUAAUCCAAAUUCGAAACCAGCCAAAACUUCCGGCGUCGUUUCCAAAUCAGAAGUAGUCGCUCAGCGACAAGGAUUAGCCACCGAAGUCAGCGUUACCAGAAUUUUGACCGAUGAAGAUUUUAAAAGAAUCGAAGCUGCUCAGAUGAGUAAACAAGUCACUUCUGCUAAAGGCAGGAAACGAGUUGCGGAACCAGAACCCAAUAAAGGAGAAUUCGUUAAUUUGGCUGAUAUAGAAAAUAUUCACAAGAAGAGACGUCACGAUAAAGAAGCUAGAUUGGAAACCGUGAUGAAAGGACGAGAAGGUCGAGAAAAAUUCGGUUACAAGGACGGUAGACUGAAUCCAUUCUGUAGUAAAACUAAUCGAGAACGUAGUAAAAAGAAAGCGUUUAUGAUGAUCAAACAUAAAGUCAAAAGCAAAACCAAACGAUCGUUUAAAGAUAAACAAAUUCGACUGAGAAACCAUCUUUUGAAAUUGGAUAAAAUGAAUUAACUUGUUGAUAAUGAAUUCUUAUUGAUGUUUUUUCGUUAUUUUAAUAAACGAUUUUGAUAUUAA